UGUGCACUGUCCCCUUGUGCUGAGCACUGGCCCCAUGUGUUGUGCACUGGCCCCUUGAAUUGUACACUGUCCCAUUGUGUUGUACAGGGUCCCCUUAUGAUGUUCACUGACCCAUUGUGUUGUACAGUGUCCACUUAUGAUGUACGCUGUCCCUUUGUGUUGUGCACUGUCCCCCUGUGUUGUGCACUAUCCAACUGUGUUGUAUACUGUCCCCUUGUACUGUGCACUGCCCCUCUGUGUUGUGCACAAACGGGUCUUUUAGGGUUAUAA